AUGUCUGAAUCAGAGUCUGAUCAAGAUUUGAAUGUGUCGCAGUACGAUGUAGAGGACGAUCUAAAUGCGUACGGAUCACCGACAUACAAGGCGCAAGAAGCAGCUGUUUGUAGAACGCAUGUGAGUAUAAAUACCCUUUAACAGUUUCCUCGUUGUUUGUUUUAUGAUAAAUAGUUUGGUAGAGUAUGUGUUCCGUAUAUUGAUUGAUUAAGUCCGUUUCAUUUCAUUUUUGUAGUUGCAAAAGUAGUAGCAAACGCAACGGUAGAAAACGACCGGGAUGCCCAUGCCGAGGAGCACAAAUGUGCUGAUCGCUGUUCAUGUGAACGAAGGCAGGUUGUAAGAAUAAGCUUCAACAGGGAACAGUAGCAGCUACAAAUGCCGGACGAAAUGCUUUUGAGCGUCAUCAGAUCGCGUCCAGUUUAGCAAUAAAGUCGCAUGUUUGUAAUACGUUUCCUGUUGUAUUAGUUAUCUGAAGCUCUUGCGUUGAGUAUUUGGUACCGACACAAACACAGAAAUAUAUGAAACUUCGAAAGCAUUAUUCACAGGAACUUAAUAUUUUUAGGAAUUCAUUGGAACUUUGACAGUUGGCGAAAAGGAUAAGGUACUGCUUGAACUUCUGUCAAAUUAUGGUAAAGGUACUAGGCUUGAUACGCCAAACGUCUAG